GUAAUAUCUCCGAAGCUGCGAUCACUUCCUUUAGGUGCACGGGUUGGGGAAUCUCAGAAAAUGGCGGAUAUGGACGAAUUGUUCGGAAGUGAUGGAGACAGUGAAAAUGAACAGCGAGAGUCUGGAUCUGGCUCCGGCUCCGACUCCGAGCAGGAGAGGCCGAGGUCUGCUAGUAAUGGAUCAAGGAGCGAGAGCGAACGAGACCAGGACGAUGAGGACGAGGAUGACGACGAAGGCCAAGAUGGCGGGAACCCCAGCAACAAGGAGCUGUUUGGGGACGACAGCGAAGAUGACCAUGGGAGCGUUCACAGCGGCAGCGACAACCACUCCGAGAGGUCGGACAACCAGUCAGAGGCGAGCAUGCACUCGGAGCAGGAGGAUAACGAGCAGUCGGACGCCGAGCAGCAUAGCGGCUCGGAGGGGCAGGAGGAGGAUGAGGGGGGUCACCAUUCAGAUGUAGGGAGCCCACAGUCGGGUAUAGAGAGUCACCAUUCCGAUGUCGGCAGCCCAAGGUCAGAGGGUGGCAGCCCCCGCUCGGAGGUGGGCAGCCCCCAUACCCCCCACUCAGAGGCUGGCAGCAUCCACUCAGAAGACAGGACACCCCGCUCCGGCCAGGGAACCCCCCACACAGAUGGGGAGGCCUCGGGGAAAGAGGCACACUCAGAAGAUGAGAAGUGGGGAGGCGGGGCCAAGAGUGACCAAUCAGAUGAGGAGGAAGACAAGCCCCAACACUCAGAUGAAGAGCAGGGACACAAAUCAGGUUCUGCUAAAGGUAGUGACAGCGAGGAUGAUUUUAUCAGACAGAAGCAGAAAAAAGCACCUUCGGACUCCGACUCGGACAGUGACAUUGGAGUGCACAAAGACAAAAAGCCGGUUGCAGAUGAUCUCUUCGGGGAGGCGGACGACAUCUCAUCGGACAGCGAUGCCGAGAAGCCACCUACUCCAGGACAGCCACUGGACAAUGAAGACGGCAUGGAGACUGAACAUCAAGAGGAGGAACCUGUCCCGGAGACCAGGAUUGAGGUGGAGAUCCCCAAGGUCAACACAGACCUGGGCAGCGACCUCUACUUCGUCAAACUGCCUAACUUUCUGAGUGUGGAGCCCAGGCCAUUUGACCCACAGUACUACGAGGAUGAGUUUGAAGAUGAGGAAAUGCUGGAUGAAGAAGGAAGGACGAGGCUGAAGCUCAAGGUUGAAAACACGAUCCGGUGGCGGACGCGGCGAGAUGAGGAGGGCAACGACAUCCGUGAGAGCAAUGCGCGCAUCGUCAAGUGGUCCGAUGGCAGCAUGUCCCUGCACCUUGGCAAUGAGGUAUUUGAUGUGUACAAGGCCCCCCUCCAGGGAGACCACAACCACCUUUUCAUCCGGCAGGGGACAGGACUGCAGGGGCAGGCCGUGUUCAAGACCAAGCUGACGUUCAGGCCUCACUCCACAGACAGCGCCACCCACAGGAAGAUGACCCUAUCCUUGGCAGACCGCUGCUCCAAGACGCAGAAAAUCCGCAUUCUGCCCAUGGCGGGUCGUGACCCUGAGUCCCAGCGAAACGAGAUGAUCAAGAAAGAAGAGGAGCGACUGCGGGCCUCCAUCCGCCGCGAGUCGCAGCAGCGCCGCAUGCGGGAGAAGCAGCACCAGCGCGGCCUGAGUGCCGGAUACCUGGAGCCCGACCGCUACGAGGAGGAAGAGGAGGGCGAGGAGUCCAUCAGCCUUGCAGCCAUCAAGAGCAAGUACAAGGGUGCUGGAGGGCUGCGAGAGGAGCGGGCCAGGAUCUACUCCUCAGACAGCGAUGAGGGUUCCGAUGAUGACAAGGCUCAGAGGCUGAUGAAGGCCAAGAAGCUCGACAGUGAUGAGGAAGGAGAGCACUCCGGAAAGCGGAAGGCUGACGACGACGAGGAAACGUCCAUCAAAAAGGCCAAGAAGUAUGUCAUCAGCGAUGAAGAGGAGGAAGACGAGUGAAUUUUCUCUGGUUCAGGCCUUUGUCAAUAAUCAUUGUCCUGUUAUAUAAGGUAUCUUGUUUUUUUUAGUUUGUUUUUCUGUACAGCUGAGGUAGAUAAUAAAUGAAUCGGACUUUGCUAA